CUGCCUUUUGCGUUCCUUGGGAUGGGACUGUCUGUUCCCGGGCUGCUGCAGCUCGUUCUUAUCCAGAUCAGGAGGGCGGCCAGCCAAGAGUACAGGGAGAGGCUGCUGUGGCAUGAAGCCGGACACUUCCUGGUCGGGUAUUGCCUUGGGCUCCCGAUAGCAGCGUACUCAGCCGAUGACCCGAUCCUGAAUGCUGUGCAGUUCUUCGAUUCAGAGGAGGACAGCAUCUCGCACGAGUUUCUUGACGUCCUGUGCGCGGUGUCGACUGCUGGGGUUGUCGCAGAAGCCAUUCGAUUCGGCGAUGCGAUAGGGGGAUACGCUGAUUUUUCGCAGCUCCAAUCUUUCCUCUACAGAUCGCGCCCAAGGCUGAAUGACAGGGAGCAGCAGGAAAGAGUACGGUGGGGGUGUGUAGCAGCUUUCACCAUCUUGAAGAACAGGGAGGAGUCGCUCAAGGCACUGAUCGAGGCCAUGUCCCGCAAGUCCUCAAUAUCACAAUGUAUUCUAGCAAUCGAGUCU